AUGGCAGAGCAACAUGAAUUUCCACUUACAGUGGACGAAAGCGACUCGACGCUCGGUGAAGACGAGUACUCGGACGACGAGACUAUCGCGUCCAGUAUUUUCAAGUAUCCAGAAGAAAACGGUCGGCAGUACCAUGCCUAUAAGGACGGUACAUAUCUUUUCCCAAACGACAAACCGGAGCAGAACAGAUUGGACUUCCAGCACCAGCUCAGCCUUCACGUCGGACAGGGUAAAUUAUAUCUCUCUCCAGUCAAGAACCCUAGCGAGAUUCUUGAUAUAGGUACUGGAACAGGCGUAUGGGCUAUCGAUGUCGCAGAUGAACAUGAAUCGGCCAGGGUUACAGGGAUCGAUCUGAGUCCAAUUCAGCCGGAAUUGGUCCCUCCUAACUGUCACUUUCAGAUCUCUGACUUCGAAGAUCCCUGGGACUUUAAGCGUCAAUUUGACCUUAUUCACGGCCGAUUACUCAUCGGCUCAAUCUCGAACCCGAGACAACUUAUUCAGCACGCGUACGAAAGUCUCAAACCUGGUGGCUGGCUUGAAUUCCAGGAUGCUUGCCCACCAAGAUCUGACGACAGCACUAUCCCUCUCCAUAGUGCAUAUCGUCAAUGGGUUGAUGCAUGGUGUGACGCAUUGACAAGAGGAGGGCGUGAUCCUUUUCUUGCUGCUAAAUACGGGGAUUUACUGCGAGAAGCGGGUUUCAUCAAUGUGAACGUUAGGGAGUAUAAAGUGCCUCAAAACUGCUGGGCGAAGGGUCGACAUUAUAAGAAGCUUGGAUUUUGGAACGCCGUCAACAUAUUGAAUGGCAUUGAAGGCUUAUCCAUGCGACCCUUCACCAGACACCUGAGGUGGUCUGUGGAGCACGUCCAAGUUCUUUUGGCAGACACGAGAUCUGACAUUAAGAACGCAAAAAUCCAUGCAUAUUGGCCAGUGUACGUCGUCUAUGGCAAAAAGCCAGAAGCGACCUUCAGUCAAGGUAUCUCCACCUAA